UUCCGCCGAGUUUGAUUUGGACGGAAACGCGUUACCGCCGAGCCAAGAGCGUGCCCACCGGAUCGCGCAUGCGCAGACUGCCGUUCCGUUCGCUUCCCGUCAUGGCGGCGCCCGUAGAUUUGGAGCUGAAGAAGGCCUUCACGGAGCUGCAGGCGAAGAUGAUCGACACACAGCAGAAGGUGAAGUUUGCUGACCUGCAGAUCGAGCAGCUGAGCCGUUUGAAGAAACUCGCCAACCUGACACACGUUGAGAUCACGGCUCUGCCCAACAACACACGCAUGUACGAGGGUGUCGGCCGCAUGUUUAUUCUUCAGUCUAAAGAGGAAAUAAAUAACCAACUUACAGAGAAACAGAAAACAGCUGAUGAGAAUAUAAAAGAAUUGGAGCAGAAGAAGACGUACCUGGAGCGCAGUGUGAAAGAGGCGGAGGACAACAUCAGAGAAAUGCUGCUGUCAAGAAGGGCUCAGUGACACACACACACACACACACACACACUCACACACACAUAUACA